ACCGAAGUUCAAAACGUCAGAGUUCCAGAUGAUAUCAUCAUGCGAGGUCAGGUAGUUUUGGAUGAAGUGUCUGGCGAUAUCUGGCCAGACACUUUUAACUUACAGUCCCUCAAGUCUGCUACAAAAUUAUCAUGUUUGUUAGAGGUUAUAGGCACGGGGGGAAUACAGCCAUCAGCCCUGAGCUGCAACUCUAAAUUUCUAGCCGUGGUGACGCAAGGGGAGGACGGCUCAAACAGACUCUUCAUUAUUCAUCAUGAAGAGAAAAGGUUUUACUUGCUGAAGAGGAUGGCAAAACCUUGUACUGCCUUGGUAUUUCAUCCAUAUAUGGAAAACAUGCUCUUUCUUGCUACUGCUGCAACUAAGAUUUAUAGAAUUAAUGCUGAUGACGGCAGUGUCGUGGUCAUGGAGGGACACACAUCACCAGCAAAGGGAAUCCAUUCGGGGUCACGGUCACCACUUGUGCUAAGCUACAAUACUGAUGAGGUCUUCUUGUGGUCGUGGCCAUCCCUCACCCUAACCAACAAACUGAGGCUGGAAGACAGGGUGGCUGUGGUUUGGGCAGGACAUGUUUGGCAGCGAGAUGAACUGGUCGUGUGCUUUAUUAACGGCAGCCUGCUACUCUGGCCUAGCCAAGACCUCUCUACACAGAGAACCAUAGAACCUCCAAGUGGACUUGAUUUUGAUUUUACUGCCUUUACACUCUCAAGUGGAGGGGAGUGGAUCGUAGGAGGAGGGAAGAGCCACCUGAUGGUGACCUACUCUCUGGUGGGCCGUCGGGUUUCACAGGUUGUCCAGCUGCCCUCCUCGUGCAACAGCGUCUACCAGGCCAUCUUCCUGCCACCUGUGCAUCCCAGGUUUUGUCAAGUGUUGGCCAUUUUAAACACAACAGGAGUACUUAACAUCAUUGACUUCACAAGCAUGACAAAGAUCAAGACAGUUCGAUCUCAGAGGUUCAACAUUGAUUCAGUUAGUGUGAGUGAAGAUGGCAACUUCUUGGCAGUGUCAUAUGCCAACAGCAUCACGAAGGUCUACCCAGUCAACGCCCUAUUCCCCGAGGACCCUAAGAAUGUUGAACUCCGCAACAUAAAGAAGAGGGACGUUGAGUUCAAGAUCAUUGAAAAGAUGGAAAUCCCUGAGAGGAAGGAGGAAGAAGGAGAGAAAGAUAAGAGGAAACGGGAAAAACACAAGGAGUUAAAGGAACUACUAGACAGGAACAAAUGGUAUCCUAUCCUUGUGGAAUUCAAGUCAUACCCUGAAAAAUACCGAAGCCUAAUCUGGGUAUCCAUGCUAGAGUUACCACGCAACUACCUUGUGUUCAGCACACUGCUCGACAAGGGGAUGCACUCAGCCUUCGAAGGGUUAAAGGAGGUGCUCAAGUUGUCAGAUGGAUCGUUACUCAAAACUCUCCAGGGCACACUCUCUUGCUUGGCUCACUGGGCUCCUUUCCUGUCGAGUAUAGAGUACCUGCCAGAGCUCAUCUUCCCCUUCGUUAAGUUCUUCCACAGCAACCGGCUGCUGUGUUUUGAGGUUGCUGUGACAUUCAUCAUGAACUGGUGUCGUUUAUGGUUUGAAUUCUGGCCUAAACCUAGUGUCACCGUCCUAACUGUGAUUGAACGACUGAUCUGCGAGAAUGACCCAGUCUUGCUUGCACACUUAAUGAAACUUCAAGUCACAGCUGAAGAUUAUGCCUGGUCAUUACUUACAAAUGCCUUCUCCAGGGUUCUUUCCAACGAAGACUGGGUAGUACUGUGGGACCACAUCUUCUCCAACCCGCCUUCAUUCCUGCCCUGUGCCGCUGCUGCAUUUACAAUCAAGUCACGCCACACCCUCUUGACCUGUGAAGAUGCCCAGGACGUGAAGACCUAUUACAGUCAAGAAGCUUGGAUUUCAGUCAAGCAUAUCAUAGACAAAGCAUACUUCAUAUACCAAAACACCAGUGCUGAGACCCUUCCCAAGGAACUCUUUGGAGAGCUGAAGCCAAUGCCCAAAGGAGGCCUGCCCAUCUUCAACAUUGGGCCAAGGGAUGCUCGCGAAGAAGAGAGGGGCAAUGUAGAGAGGAAACUGCGCAAUUUAAGCCUGCGGACAGAGGCCCUGAAGCAUAAGCAGAGUAAAGCUACAGAGGAUACAUCUCGUCUGGCUGAAAAAGAGGAAAUGGUAUAUACGAUCGGAAGGAAAGACCUCGAAAAGCAAGAGGAGGAGUGUCUCAACAGCAUUCUCAACUUGCGGAAAAGGCAUCUCGCAACGGCAGAGCUUGAUGCUUCUUAAGGCUGUGUUGUAUUUGGCCAGUGGUAGAUUCGCAAUUAGAGGUUUGAUUUAUAAUUCACAAUUUGGAGAAUUUUUUCUAUGUGAGAUGUAUAAAUGAUUAGUUUUGAAAUCAUGAGUCAAAAUUAUGUGUAUAUAAGCUAUAUGUAUAUAUUUAUAAUGUUCUACUUCAAGAAGAUAAGGUGAAUCUGCACUCACCAAUAUGCUUUAGAAGUUUCUACCUUUGUCAUAAAGAAUAAUGAGCUGUACAUUUUGAUGUAAAUACUUAGUUAUUACAAGAGAUCAUUCCAAAAGUACUCAAAAUGUUCAUCUAUUUAUAUUACAACACUUCUUUGUUUCACUUCCUGUGAAGUUUUGUUUUAAAUAUAUAGCUGUGUAAAGCCUUUCACGCUUUCUUUUUCUAGAUCUAUUCUUCCUAAGGGAUAGCUUCCCUCUGACAUAUAAAAGAGGUAUUAAAACUUGUUCUAUCACAAAUUCAAAGGGGAAAUAAUUGGCAAUAUAAAAAAUAUGUACAUAUAUCAAUAAACUCUGUUUUUUUGGUAAAAUAAUUUAGUGUUUAUCUUUUUAGUGGGUUCCAUGCAUUGUGGCUGCAGCAAACACGACAAAACAAAACCAUAGCUCUUUAGUACAUGCACAAGCAAUGGAUAGGAGUCAGCACAUUGCUGGAGAGGAAGAAUAAAACACAUGAUUUCAUGUAAUAACCCUUUCUAUUUUUAAGAGCAAAUACAGAGAGACUCUUUAAUAUGAAACAGAGAAAUGAUAUAAACUGCCAGUUCUUCUAUAGAUCAUGCCCAUUUUGUUAUGUUAAAGCUGGCACUGUAGAUCAAGUUCAUCAUCAGUUAUAUAUAUAUAUAUAUAUAUA